UUUACUUUCAAACACAGUUCCAGUUUUUGUUUUACUUUUAAACGUCCACAAAAAUGAAGCAAGAUCAAAUUAUUUUCACGGACCAGCUGCUGCAUCAUCGAUGCGUGGCCAGCCGAGCCGAGGAGACACGCAAAACCUGGAUGGAAAAUGAAGCCUGGUACCCGGUGGUGCAGCGGCAACUGUACUCCCGCUACGGUCAGAUCUACAAGGAGUGCCUCGAGCAGUACGGCAACGCCAGCUUUGAGUACUUCGCGAAGCGGAUUCGCUUGCGAAAGGACUUCCAGGCCAAAACUGCAGCAGCUGCCCAGGAGCAGGAGAGGGAGUCUGGCAUUUCGAUGGAUCACCUGAAAGACUACAAGGUGUCCAAGACCACAAAUGGCGAGUACGGAUUGGUUAAGCCAUCGCGUAUAUUUUACUGCUUCUAAAUUUAAUAGUUUGAUUGACAAAUGUCGGUAC